GCCUGAUGACUACAGCUGCCGGCGCUGCAUGGAGUAAAGCUCUUUGGUCUUUAAAUGUGUAUGGUUAUAUUUGCUCCGAUUUUUGCCAUUUGUGCAUUUGCCACCUGUGGAGGAUACCAUGGCUAUCUUCAGGUUAAAGUGGACUGCUCUGCACAGACACAGAACAACCUCAGCAUCAACAUUGAUUUUGGCUAUCCUUUCAGAUUGCAGCAGAUCCACUUCAAAGCUCCCUUAUGCGAAACAAGCAGAGAAGAAGUUGUUUUCCUCAAUGGCGACUUCUCUGCUGCAGCUCAGUUUUUCGUAACUGUGGGUGUUUUGGCAUUUCUGUACUCCUUCUUUGCAACAAUUGUCUACGUUUUCUACCAGAACAAGUACCUGAAGAACAACAGAGGCCCUCUGGUGGAUUUUCUUGUCACUGUUACCUUUUCUCUAAUGUGGCUGCUCAGCAGCUGCUGUUGGGCUAAAAGCCUCACUGAUAUCAAGGCAGCUACAAACCCAACAGAGGUACUCCUUCUCAUUGCUUCCUGUAGAGAGAAGGAAAAUAGAUGUGCAACCACGCAGGAACCUCUCUGGUCUCGUCUAAACACUUCCACUGUUUUUGGUUUUCUCAAUGCAAUCCUCUGGUCUGGAAACAUUUGGUUUGUCUUUAAAGAGACAGGCUGGUACAAGACUGGCCAGAGAUACCCAAGUAGGACUUCUUCCAGGAAACGAUCCAGUGAAAUGCGAGAGCGACUCUACAGCGAGUCCAGCUUUGACCAGCCAGAUGACAGUUUUGGCCCCUACAGACAGGACAGCUUCACUGAGUCAAGAGGAGACUACAACAAACAGUUCGAGAGACAAGCUAGCAUCAACCAAUCACAAGUAAGCUUCAGCUUGCCCGAGACAUAUCUGGGCAAGGCAGCAAUUUAUGAGAGAGAGAAUAAAGUAGCUUCUCAAGGACCUGUGAUUUUUGUUAAUGAGAUAUGACCUUAACAUAAUGUGAGCUAAAACAGUGCUUCUUAUAUUACUACUCACAAAGAUAAUUAGAAAUCAGCUAAUUUUACAGAUGUAGGUGUUAAAAUUUGUGUAAUACAAAAAUAUGCUUGGAAAAAUUCUAAGUUUAACAGUUGUCAGAUUUCAAGGACAAAGUAAGGUCACUAAAGACAGGGCUACAGGGCUGUUUCUCUCUGCUUUACUGAAAAUCAAUUAAUGCAGUAAACCCCUCCAGGUAAUAGAAAAUAGCCAUUUAUACAGAUAAAACCAAACUAAAAAGAAUUAAAGUUCAUCUCCAUUACUUUUUUUAAACAAAAUAGUUCAUUAACCUUUUCUUUUUUGCACACACAAUUUCAUGACAAGAUUUUAGGUACAAGAUUAUUAUUAUUAUUGACUAUUAUUAUUAUAACUUUUUAAGGGACAUUCUCUAAAAAAUAAGAUAGUUUUAAUGUUUGGUUUGGUCAGCGAGUAAAAGAUUUUCUUAGUCAAUCCCUAGUUAGCAAUGUGCUGUCUAAUGAAACAAAAUAUUUUUUAAUGCUAACUUUUUACUGAACUUGCAGUGAGGCUUUUUUAAAACUUUUUUUUUAUUUAUUUAUUUAUUUUUUUUUACAAACAUUCAAAUUACAACUUCCAAGUAAUCUAGUUAUUUCAUAUUUCUUUGAGUGUUUUCCAAAAUCUUUAAAUGUACCCUAGGUGUCACGUCUACAAAGUUCCCUCUAUGUGCCCAGCUUUUUUGGGGCUAUUCUGAAGGGAUCUUGAUUUAUACUUUUCAGAACUUCUAAAAGGUAGUUCAGAUUUGUGGUUUGAACUUUUUAGAUUGUUUUUUUCUUUUUUACCAUUGAGACUUAGUUCAGUUUAUGUGAAAGCAUUUUAUUCUUCGAAUGUUUCAUUUUGGAGGCUAUAAAUGCCUGAAUACUUUAUGUCAAGCUCCAAAGUAUUCCCCUAGGAGAGGAAAAGAAUACGAAGCUAAAAAGGAUUUUGAACCGACCAUCAGAAACUCUAAUGACAUAUUGAUAAAGAUAUGAUUGGUUUUACAGAUUGUAAUAAAGUCUAUCUUUCUGAGAUUGAAAAUACAAAGAAAUUAAUGAUCUUUAUUUCAUCACAUAUUCUUAUAUUCUUUAGUACUGUGUUUUAAAAGUUGAUAUUCCUGGAUGUUCCAUUUGAAUUUGGGGUCAUGUGUAUGAAAUGACGUGUAUGAAAAUUGCAGUCUCAGUAGAAGAAAGUGUGUAAUGUGUGACUGAUAUCUAUGAUAUGGCAUUGAAGUUUUGUUACAUGGUUUUUUGUAUUGGUGGAUUUCUUAAUAUUCUAAUUUGUGUAUCUCCUCUGUGUCCUCAUUUGGAGAUCUGAGAUGUUGUAGUUCUCUUGACUGCAAAUCCUGUAGUGUUGUAUUUUUUUUUCCAAGUUAAUUGAAGGUCUGAAGUAAAAAGAUAAACACUUGUGCAGUAACAAGAAGUCAGGAUUUUUGUCUUUAAAAAAAAAAUACUGCAGUUUUUUUAUUUAUUUAAAAAAAUUAAGAAUGAUUGUCAUUUUAUCUUGUUUUACAUAGUGAUUAAAUAUCUAUUAACAUUUAGAUUCUAAUUAUACUUUGAAGCAGGUGUUACUGCUUUCUUAUUAUUUGCUUUUAUGUGAGAAUGCAUUGUUCCUCUUUAAUUCUGUGGUAAAUGAAUCAAAACAGAGGAGAUUUGAUGUAAAGUCUUCUUA